AUGGCAGACCGCAUUGGCCCUGAUACGACGCCGAAGCGCAGCUUCGGUGAGCAGGGUAGACGUCUUAUAAAGGCCUUUACUACCAAAAAGGGACUUAUUGGAGACUACGAUUAUGCCUUUUUGUUCAAACCAAACCUUCCCUUUGUGAAGAAGGAGCGCCGAGCAGCACCUUUCUUCGGCCUGAACGAUCGGAUGCCAGUCUUCCUCGCUCUUCUUCUGGGAUUCCAACACGCUUUAGCUAUGUUGGCUGGUGUCAUCUCGCCCCCCAUCAUCCUCUCAAGCGCGGCAAACUUGACCCCUGACCAGCAACGGUACCUUGUGUCGACUUCGCUUAUCGUCUGUGGUUUCCUCUCUUCUAUUCAGAUUACUCGUUUCCACAUCUACAAGACGCCCUACUAUAUUGGAACCGGUCUCAUCUCCGUCGUCGGUUGUUCCUUUGCUACCAUUCCUGUCGCCACUGGUGCACUCAACCAAAUGUACCAGACUGGAUUCUGUCCCACGGCUGCGGAUGGCACGAAGCUGCCUUGUCCCGAUGGUUAUGGCGCAAUUCUGGGAACGCAGUGUUGCUGCGCUCUGCUCGAAGUUCUCAUGGCCUUUACACCUCCUCGGAUCUUGAAAAAAGUUUUCCCGCCCCUGGUCACUGGUCCGACAGUCAUGCUCAUCGGCGUGAACCUCAUCACGACAGGCUUUGAAAACUGGGCCGGGGGUAACGGUGGAUGCUCGUCGCGCCCGACAACAGGUAUCUACCGUCUAUGUCCUACUAUCAACGCCCCGCAUGCGCUUCCCUGGGGCAGCGCAGAGUUCAUUGGACUUGGCUUCAGCGUCUUCAUCACUAUCAUCUUCAUGGAACGUUUUGGCGCGCCGAUCAUGAAGUCAACGGCCGUCGUUCUGGGUCUGCUUGUGGGGUGCAUCAUCGCUGGUGCAACUGGCUACUUUGACGCCAGCGGCAUUAAGGCCUCGCCUGUCGCAAGCUUUGUCUGGGUGCACACAUUCAAGCUCUCCGUCUACGGACCUAUAGUUCUACCGUUACUAGCAGUGUACAUGGUGCUUGCCAUGGAAACCAUCGGCGACAUCACCGCCACGUGCGACGUGUCGCGCCUAGAGGUUGAUGGCGAGACGUACGAUUCCCGCAUCCAGGGCGGUGUUCUCGCCGAUGGACUCAACGGCAUUAUCGCCGGUCUCUGCACCAUUACGCCCAUGUCGACAUUUGCACAGAACAACGGCGUGAUUGCGCUCACACGUUGUGCAAACAGGAAGGCAGGGUACGCGUGCUGCUUCUGGCUCAUUGUCAUGGGCGUUUUCGCAAAGUUUUCAGCGGCCUUGGUGGCGAUUCCGGGCGCAGUGCUGGGCGGGAUGACGACGUUUUUGUUCUCUGCCGUGGCUGUCAGUGGUAUCAGAAUUAUCAGCACUAUGCCCUUUACGCGCCGCAAUCGUUUUAUCUUGACUGCUGGAUUCUCACUCGGAUUUGGUGCUACCAUGGUUCCUACCUGGUUCGCCUUUGUCUUUACCUACUCGGGCCCCAACAGGGCACUUCUCGGCUUCUACAACGCCAUCGUUCUUGUCAUGGAGACUGGGUUCGCCGUCGUUGCUUUCGUCACCGUGAUCUUGAACCUUAUUUUGCCCGAGGAAAUUGAGGAUGAGGAGACGCCAGAGUUGACAGCAAAUGAGAUUGAUACCCCUGCCGACGAGGCGGAAUGGAGGCGCAUCCAGAAGAAGGGGAGUGAUGAGGAGACCGUCGGGGCUUCGAGCAAGCAUCAGUGA